ACAUCAUGGAUCCUUACGAGGUGGACGACGAACCACGCAUGGUGUCCCGUAACCCUAUGCUCAUCCCGUGUUUCCUCGCGGUCGAUUACAUCUGCAUGGCUGGCGUGGUCGUGCUGUGGUUCGUCCUCCUGUUCACGGAAAACCUCCCCGGUCCGACCAAUCGUGGAUUUUGGUGUCACGAUCGUAAUCUGAUGAUGCCCUACUUGGAGGAUGAUAUAUUUACGGAGGAGGUGCUCUAUGUGACCUGUUUUGCUGCCCCGCCCAUUAUGAUCCUUUACGGAGAGUGCAUGCUGGCCCUCUGUUCGUGCAAGAAGACAUCGCCUGAGAUGAAGGUUGGGAGGAGAAAGGUCGUCAAGAGCUGCUCUCUCAAGCUUUACCCGGUGAUUAGGAGGAUGUUCAGAUUUACAGGUGUCUUUGCUUGCGGAGCCUUUGCCACGUGGAUCAUCACCGAUGCUGCACAGAGAGUUACAGGAAUACAGACGCCAUACUUCUUGACCGUGUGUCGACCAAACUAUACAGCUCUCGAUUGCAACACAUUCAUCACCGAUUAUGAGUGUGUAAAACGGGAUGAUGAUCUCCUGGAACAAGCUAGGCUAUCAUUUCCUUCGCUACAUGCAUCUCUAGGUUCAUAUGCUGCAGUCUUCACCAUGGCCUACAUGACAAGUCAAGUGAGCAUCCCCUGUACGAGGCUCCCCAUUCCACUGGCGAGUUUGGGUCUCCUGUCGGGAGGACUCCUAUGGGGAAUCACAAGAGCCUCGAAGUAUCGGCAUCACUGGAGUGAUGUCGCAGUGGGUUUCCUGCUGGGCAUGGUGGUGACACUGUACUUGGUAUUUGCUGUACUGGCGUGUUUUGAAGAACGCCCCCAAGAUGACCCAAACAACCUGCCGAAGAAAUCCUCCAGUCCAAAGCGUUCGUCGCCUCUCUCCUUGAUCAGAUUGCCGAGACUACGGGCAUGUAAUGGGAGCCUUGCUGCACAAAAUGGCCCCGCGACCUUCCACAACCCGUCUUUUGUCGGCGAUAGUUUACGGAGAGACUACUAAAUCAAUGAGCAACUGCUUUGUCGAUCAAAACGUAUAAUUUGUAAAAGCGUUGUAACACCUUUGUAACCAUUAUAAAGUAAUGAAUGCAUCCUCUAUUGAAUACAAAAUAUUGUGUAAUAUAAAUC